AUGAUGAAACAACGGCCUACCUUACAUUCGCUACAAAGCCCCAAGAAAAAAUUGCCAGUGUCCAGUGUGAUUUUGACUGUUCUGACGGUGUUUUUGGUAUUCCUAGUCUUGCUUGUGACUUGGGUAAACUUGUUUGUCUAUGCACCACCGAGUACACAAGAACCCCCGUUGAACCUACCAUUAGCAGAAGAAUGUGAACCAAGCAACAAGAAAACGUCUUCAAUACAAGCCUUGCCAUCAACACCGCGGGUACUGAUUCCCGCUGUGGAUGAAGAAGUCAUGACUGAUAGUACCAACGCUACAGUGAUGGGCAUGGCAACAGGCUACAAUAUCGGUGUCUACAAACGCUUUGUUGGCUCUUUGCGGAAGUCUGGGUAUACGGGUCAUAUAAUAUUGGUCAUCGCCGACGAGCCCGCAAGAGGUGUCGUAGAGUAUUUAUCCAGCAAAGGUGUCAUUAUGAAAACUCUAAAAAAAGUCCCAUGCACCACCAAGAUAUUCGAUGAAGGAGAGAAAGUUAGCGGUCACGCAAUGGAAGUUGCCACCUGUGCCCAUCCAUACCCUUAUCUUAAGAUCCGAUGGGGACGAUUUCCACUUCUUCGAGACUUUUUGCAAGAAUGUGAGACUUGUACUGGGCCAGUGCUUGUAACCGAUGUUCGCGAUGCUCUUUUCCAAAGAGAUCCCUUUGGAGAUGGAGCUCCUGUAGUUAGAGGAUUGCAAGUCUUUCAAGAAGCCAAAUUCCAAAAGACUACCCAUUGGUUGGUUAAGGGCCCAGUAUCCAAAUGCAAAGGUAUCGUCAUUGAUGAUGUUAUGCUUUGCAGCGGUACUACAAUUGGAACGAGAGAAGCCGUGCUAGAGUACUUGGAAAUCAUGCACCAAGAAAUGGCCGAAUGGAUGAAAGACCCAAAGUGCUGCUGUAACAAGAUGAACGGGGACGACCAAUCGAUACAUAAUUACUUGUACUACACGGGAAGGUUUCCAAAUGCCACAAGCAUUCCUAACCGAUUUGGGAUUGUGCACACAGUGGGCAAGCAAGCAGCUGAAAUCUACAAGGCACACGAAAAGAACCUAGUUCGCAGUCGAGGGGACAAAGAUUUGGCCAAAGUUGUACCGUUUCCAGGAACCAAAGAAGGUGAGGAACCAUGGCUUGGUCCAGAGUUUGAUCUUGUGGACAAUGAAGGGUUCUUUAUGAACUACGAUGGCAGUCGGUCCAGAGUAGUGCACCAGUGGGAUCGGUUCAGAGACAAAAUUCAGCCGUGGCUCCAAACUAGUGGUCUAGUAGAUCCAUGA